AUGAAAAAUUAGAAUAAAUUAGAAAUUCUUUCGAUAUACCCAAAUGAUAGUGAUUCUGAAGAGAUAUAUCCCCUAUAUGAGAUAGUAUAAACAAGAAUUUUUGAUACCGAAGACUUUUUAUAAUAAACAUUGUACACUAUAAUCCGACAAUGCUAUGGGUAUAGAAAUUUAACUAGGAUGUGGCCUAAAUUAUAAUAAUUACAGAUAACUAAAAGUAAGUAUGAAAACUAUUAUCAAAAAAUAAUCAAUAAUCGAAUUUCAAGAUUUCCUUAAUUGAAUUUGUAAGGUAUUCAAUAGAUAGAAGGGAAACGAUAUAAGUUAGUAUUAUAUUCUGAAUUAAUGUUCAAAUUGCAUCCCUAAAAAAUGGUGUGUUGUAUUUGUGAAAAAGAAAUAUUGCUAAGUAUUGUAGAAGAACAUUCACAAUUAUGUCUGAAAAAGCAUAUGCUUAAUAAGGAUAUUUAUGCAUUAUAGGAUAAGAUUUAAGAGCUUUCAGAGGAAAUUAACAAUAAGGAGAUUGAACUUAUAACUAAAAUAAAUUUGUAUACAAAAUAAAGGAUGUCUGAGAAAAACUUAAGUCAUUAAAAUAGUCCAGUAAUGAAUAGAAGUAAAUAACAACAAAUAACACUUUCAAAAUUUGCUCAAUAAAGUGAUCAAAGAUAAAGAGGAUUAUAAAGAGCAAAAACAAUAAAUAUUUCUGAAGACAAUAGUAUAAGUGAAUUUCCAACAUUUCAUUAGAGAAAACCAGGAAGGAAUUUCACUCGUUUAGAAUCAUCUAUGAGUAUGAGUCCAGAUAGUCAAAAAUAAAUAAAAUGUGCAAUAUCCUUACUGAAAGUCACUUAAUAAUAUUGUUAAAAAAUAUUAAAAUAAGAUAAUUCAUUUGGUUUAGAUAUUGAUGCAAAAUUUCAAUCAUUAAUAAAAUUGGGGUUGCCUGAAAUAAAUCAUUUAAAUGACGUAAGUGAUUUAAUGAAGAAAUCUUUAAGUUUAAUAACUUAAAGAUUAGAGUUAAAUAAGUAGGUGAAUAAAAUAGAUGUAGCAUAAAUAUAAUUAUAAUGUGGUUCGAUAGAAAAAUUAAAAAAAAUAUUUUAAAAAGGAUUAUCUAAUUCAUAUAAAUAGGCAGGAACUUCAUUAAAUAGCAGAAGUAAGAAAGGAGGAAAUCAACAUGUUGGAGGAAAAGUUAGGAUUAUGGAUUUAGUUAAACCUAACAAAUCUAAAUUUAAUCAGAGAUAGUUUAAAGAAGAUCAAGAGGAAUGUUAAUAUUAAAAUUAGUAAACUCCAAUUUAAGAAUAAAAGAUAGAUUCUUUAGAGUUUAUUACAUUUUCUCCAUCAGAAGAGAAUGCAAAUUAGAAUCCAAAUAAAUAAUAAUAAUUAAAUAUUCAUAUUUAUUCUUAAUAAGAAGAUGAUGAUAGUGAUGAUGUCUAAUAAAAUCUCUUUAUUAGAGGCUAUUAUUCUGAUUCAGGCAUAACUUUAAGAAUACCUUAAUAUACUUAAAAGAUGUAAUUUAUUUUAUAAUAUCAUUAAUUCUAGAAUGACAGUAGGAUUAAAAGAUUUUGAAUUUUAAGAAGUUUUAGGAGUGGGAGCAUAUGGAGCAGUUUGGAAGGUUAGAAAAUUAAAAACAAAUGAUGUUUAUGCAAUGAAAGUGAUAGAUACUUAAUAAUAAUCAAGUUAAAACUUUUUUGAAACUUUAAAAGCUGAAAGUACAAUAUUUUCAGUUUUAGAGGGAGAUUUUGUAGCUAAAGCUUAUUAUUCAUUUAGUCAUUCAGAUUGUUUAUUUUAUGUACUAGAAUAUGUAAAAGGAGGAGAUUUUGAUAGAAUUUUAAGAAAAUAUGGAGCUUUAGAUGAACCUAUAGCUAAAUUUUAUAUAGGAGAAUUAUUAUUAGCAAUUGAGGCUUUACACAAAAAGCAAAUAAUUCAUAGGGAUUUAAAACCAUAAAAUAUUUUAGUUGAUGGAAAAGGACAUUUAAAAUUAACAGAUUUUGGAUUAUCAGAGAUUGGAAUGAAACUAUAUAUGAAAUAAUCAGAACCAAGCUAAGCAAUAAAAUUAUAAUAAUAAUUAGAUAAUAAUAUAAAAGAUUUAGUAAGUAGUGAACCAAAAUCUCCAAGAUUUGAUCAUUGUAUUUCAAUUAAAGCAAGCAAUCAUAAUAAACAUAGAGUUGUAGGUACUCCAGAUUAUAUUGCUCCAGAAGUUAUUAAAGGAGAAUCUAUAAAUAAUGAAUCUAUUGAUUAAUGGAGUUUAGGAGUAAUCACUUACGAAUUUUUGGUUGGAAUCCCUCCUUUUAAUGAUGAUACUCCUGAAAAAAUAUUUGAAAAUAUAUUACAAAGAAAUAUUACUUGGCCAGAAAUUGGAGAUGGUGAAAAUUAAUUGAGUCUAACUGCUAAGGAUUUUAUAGAGAGAUUAUUGGAUCCUAAUUACAAAACUAGAAUGACUGUUGAAGAAGCUAAACAACAUUCUUUUUUUAAUGGUUGUAAACUCAUUUCUUAAUUUAGAUAUUAAUUUCGAUACUCUUCGUAAAUAAUCAGCUCCAAUCAUUCCUGAUAAUGCACCUGAUGAUUAACCUUUAUUAUUAAUUAAAAAAUAAAGAGAAAAAGAAAAGUUAACUAAAUUACUUCGUGAUACUUCUAGUGAAAAUUCCACUAUUUCAAAAUUAGGUGUUGACAACUUAUUAAGACUUGAUUUACUUGUAGAAAUGAACUAAUAAAAGGCACAUUUAUUAAGAAAAAAAUAUCAUUGA